AUGCCUGUACAACUGUACCUGCGCGCCCAGCCGCGCGCCUUCUUCCUGCUAAGCGAGACGCAUGCGCUGGUGUUUCGCCAACCCGGCGCCGAGGAAGGCGGCAAGGCGUCGCGGUCCGUUGUCGUGGCCGAGUUUCUGCCCAUUGGCGAGGUGGACAGGGUCGGGCUCAUUGAUGUGUGUCGCGGACGCAGCGUCGCGGGCGUUCUGGGCGUGACGAGCGUGCCGAGUGACCGCUCACCUAUCCCGGACGUUUUCCUGCUCGUCCUCUCGGCCUCGACGCCGCUGCCCCCGCUCCUCCCCAACUCGCCAUUACGGCCGUCGCGCGUCGUGCAGGUGGACUUUUACUCGCUCACGUCUGCGUACUGGGACGCGCCGGGACUGGUCCCCGACGUGCAGGAAGAAGACUAUGACUCGCCGUACCGCGUGACGGGCAAGCAGCUCUCGCAGGCCGCUGCAGAGGGUAUCGAGAACCCCACGGCGGGGAUGAAGAAGUAUCUCGAGAACGGGGGGUUCUUCCAUGCCGAGGCGUGUCGGUGGGACAUCUCCAAGCGCCUGGGGUCGGACGGGACCAACAACUUUAUCGCGGCCGAGCACGGCCGUAGUCCGCUGGGCGACCACCACCACUCGCCGCUGGAAGAGUUUGACGAGCGGUUCGUGUGGAACGCGUCCCUGCUCGCCCCCUUCCUCGCGUUCCGGCGCGGACUGGUCCCCUCGGUCCGCGACGAGCUGGACGCGCACGCCCUCCUCCUCCCGGUCAUCCAAGGUUAUGUCGGCUCGACGCCGCUCGCAAUGGGGUCGUGGACAGACGGCCAGCCCGACCCGGGCGCGCUGGCGCUCAUCUCGCGCCUGAGCUGUAAACGCGCCGGCGCGCGGUUCCGGACGCGCGGGAUAGACGACGACGGCAACGUGGCCAACUUUGUCGAGACCGAGACCAUCCUGACCGUCGGCGCAAUGUGCGUGUCGUACACGCAGGUGCGCGGGAGUGUGCCGCUGUUCUGGCAGCAGCCGCAGCAGGGGCUCGGCACGCUCCAGCAAAAAGUGGAGCUUACGCGCCCGCCGCAGGCGACGCAGCCGGCGUUUGACAAGCACUUUAUGGGCCUGCUGGAGCAGUACGAGGCGGUCCACGCCAUCAACCUCCUGGGCACCAAGGACGCCGAGGCGAUGCUGUCGUCGGCGUAUUCGGACCACUUUGGCGCGCUCCGCUCGUCGCUCAAGGCUAUCGCCGGCAGCGCCCCGCCCGACACGCACCCGACGGCCGACGACCUCGUGUACACCUCGUACGAUUUCCACGCCGUCGUCCGUCUCGGCGGACACGAUGCCGUCCGCCAGGACCUGGCGGUCAUGCACGCCGUCAACCGCUCCGUCGACAAGUUUGACAUCACCGCCAUUGACGCGACGACGGGCGAGGUCGUCGAGUACCAGCACGGCGUGUUCCGCACCAACUGCCUCGACUGCCUCGACAGGACAAACUAUGUACAGGAAGUCAUGUCGACCAUUUCCCUCCGCCGCUUCCUGUCCGCACAUGGGAGCGUGCUGCUCAACUCGCCCACGCUGUGGUCGGCGCACCGCGAGCUGUGGGCCGACAACGGCGACCGUCUCAGCAAGACGUAUGCCGGCACCGGCGCGCUCAACACGAGCGCCACGCGCACGGGCCGCAAAACGUUUGCCGGCCUGCUCAGCGACGCGACCAAGAGUGUCGGCCGCGCGUACAUUAACAAUUUCCAGGACAAGGGCAAGCAGACGGCCAUUGACAUGCUGCUGGGCCUCAUGGCCGGCCAGCGGCCCGUCAUUCUCUUCGACCCCGUCGGCGACUCGAUCCACUCGGCCCUCGUCGCGCGCAAGAGCGAGUAUUCCGUGCCCCGCAACCUGGUCAUCUUCUCGGGCACGUGGAACGUCAACGGCAAGGCCGCCAACGAACCCCUCGACCCGUGGCUCUUCCCGCAUGGCACGCCAAAGGCCGACAUUUACGCCAUUGCGUUCCAGGAGAUUGUCGAGUUGACGCCUCAGCAGAUCGUCGUCACCGACCCGGCCAAGAAGCGCGCAUGGGAGGGAUACAUCAUGGACACGUUUGCCCAGAACAGCGCGCCGCAAGAGUACAUUCUCAUGCGCAGCGAGCAGCUCGUCGGCACGGCGCUCAUGGUCGUCGUCAAGUCGGCCCUCCUCCCUGCCAUCCGCAACGUAGAGUAUGCAGACAAGAAGACGGGUCUCCAAGGUCUCAGCGGCAACAAGGGCGGCGUCGGCGUCCGCUUCAACUGCUUCGACUCGACCAUCUGCCUCAUGACCUGUCAUUUGGCAGCGGGGCAGAGCAACUAUGCCGACCGCAAUGCGGAUUACAGGACUAUCGACAAUGGCCUGCAUUUCCUCCGCGGCAAGACUAUCGACAGCCACGAUAUCGUUGUGUGGGCCGCAGACUUUGAGGCGCGCGAGCUCGCGACGACGGACCAGCUGGACGCGCUCGUCUCUGCCGACCAGCUCACGUUUGCGCGGGACGAGGGCGAGGUGUUCAACGGCUACUCCGAGGGCCCGCUCACCUUCCGCCCGACGUACAAAUACGAUAACGGAACCGACGUGUACGAUUCGUCUGAAAAGCAGCGCAUCCCCUCCUGGACAGACCGCGUUCUAUACAAGGGUGCUGGCGUUCAUCUUAGGGCCUACAGCUGUGCGGAUCUGCGCACGUCCGACCAUCGCCCUGUGUAUGCCGUGCUGGAAGUAACCAUUGCCGAGGUCGACGAGGCCCAAAAGGCGCGAAUCGCAGACGAGCUCACUCGCAAGGCGCGGAGCAGGACGGGCAGUGCAAAGUUGGACGCUAGGGUCGAACAGGCCGCGCAGGGCGGCGUCAAGUCGCUCGUCAAGGAGUUUACCUCUGUUUCCUUGCACCCUACACCGACACCGUCGCCGAGGCCUGUCCCACCACUGGUCUCGAGGGACUCGAAGCCUGGCAAGCCCAAAGCGUCAUCAACAGACGCGACCCUCAACGCUCUCAACUCGGCGUACGCACGUCUGGGUGUACCGCCACCAUUGCCCGCUAGGAAUGGCGCCGCCAGCGCUACCAUCACCACCACCCCGGCGUCACCGCAACAGGCCACGCCUUAUGAGACGCGCAGGAAACCACCUCCCCCACGUCCCACCGACUUUGGCAAGAUUGGUCUUCCUCAGGAUGCCAGUCCUGAAAUCACCCCAGUCGCGACAGGCGACUUUGUCCUCGUCCCCUCGCCAAAGCGGGUAGCCGCCCCGCUCCUCCCCAUGCGCCAGCAGUCAGGCUCGAGCUUCAUGUCCACCCACUCGGCGCCGCCUGCGCUUCCCGCGCGCCCCACAGGCAGGGCACGCUGGACAUGGACGCGCCCCCCUCCUUCGGGCCUCUGGAUCCCCGCCCAGCCCGAUAACGUCAAGCCCGCAGUGCCCAACCGCUUGAACAAGCCGGCGCCCGUCGGUGCCACUGCGGCGGCAACUCCAUCGGCCAGUGUCCCUGCGCCUGCACCCGCGUCCGUACCUGCACCCGCUGCAGCGACGACUACCGCGCCCGCGUCGGCCAAACACCCUCCUCCUCCCCUCAAGCCGAAGCCCACUAGCCCGAGCAGCAGCGUCAACGCGACGUCAGCGUCGUCGGCGGCGGUAUCAGGGCCUGUUACGUCGUCGUCGUCGACAACAAGCAUAAACACAACGACGUCAUCGGCCGCCACCACGUCGACGGCGACGUCGCCAGCCAAGCCCCCAGCCAGGCCCAUCGUGCCCGCCAAGCCGGCUGCGCUGUCGCCCACCAGCCCAACGGCCACGGGCACGGGUACAGGUACGGCCACAUCCCCCGUGGCCAGUGCGCCAAAGCUGGCACCCAAGCCGAGCGGGCUCAAGGGCAAGACGCUCACUAUGUAG